AUGCCGAUUUGGCUCAGCCAUGAAAGCCAAUUGCUCAAGUCGUACAAGGGUGGUUUAGCUUGCUUAUCCAUCCACAUCCACAUCCACGCCAUCAAGGCACAGCAAUGGAAAAGAUCACCUAAAAUCCUCAACCCCACCCACAUAUCUUCCGCUGGCUGGGAGAACGGGGGGACUGUUGAAGAGGGUAAUCCGGGCUUGAGGAAAUUCAUGAACUAA